AUGGCGCCGCAGACAGACAUCCCGCUUUUGAUUCCUCAAGUAUGGACGAACUGGCGGACCAAGAAGACAGACGGGCUGCCAGGGGCCAUGAUGUUCAUGUGGGCGCUUUGUGGUGUUCCGUUCGGCGUGUAUUCGAUCGCCCAAAAUUUCAACAUUCCGUUGCAGGUGCAACCUAACGCCUUCAUGGGGUUAUGUCUCGUCGGCUGGGCUCAAAUCUUGGUGUACCACAACAAGUGGGUGGUGUGGAAGGCAGCAGCUUUAGCCCUCACAAUCGCAGCUGUCUUUGCUGGCGUCGAGGCAGCACUGAUCUUCACGUUGAGGCCCCUGUAUAACGACGGGAACGAGGUUCCAAUCUUCGUCGUUGGAAUUUUCGCUGCGGUGCUUCUUGCAAUCGGCCUCCUUCCGCCAUAUGGCGAAAUAUGGAAGCGAAGAGGUCGUGUAAUAGGGAUAAACUGGAUUUUCCUUUGCAUGGACUGGUCUGGAGCCUUCUUCUCGCUCUUGGCGCUCGUCGUACAGAAUUCGUUUGAUGUGCUGGGUGGCGUUCUCUAUAUAAUUUGCAUUAUCCUUGAGAUUGGCAUAUUCACUUCCCAUUUAGUUUGGCUGUUACGCACACGCAAGAUCCGAAAAGCGGCCGCGGCAGAGGGUAAGACGUUCGAUGAUCUUCUGGCCGAGCACGAAGCACAGGGAAACCCUUUCAAGUUUGCCGAGAGGAAAGCUUGGAACGAUAUUUCGGGGCGCAAGGCCACCGAGACGCUCAGCUCGACGAGUCAAGAUGUUGAAAAGUCCGCCGCUGAUGCCGCUUUACCACUGGACCCGGGCCCGUCUGCGGGUGGCGAAGUGGAAAGCUAG